AUGGAUCGGAGCUUGGCUUUAGAUAGCACAUCCUCAGAUAACUAUUUUCGAAUAGCAUCCAUAUCCAUCGCGUUUUACGAUUAUCUUAUCACACUUCCCGCAGAAUGGCGGUUUUACCGAAGUCAACCGUCAAUUUUCCGUAUCAGCCUUGCCUGCGUCCUGUUUAUUCUCAUACGCUAUUUCAGUGUCCUGGUCAUGAUAAUCAGUAAUUAUGGAUACUUCGCCACCAGCUUUACCCAACAAACGUGUCAACAUUACUAUCUCGCGGCGCCUGCCUUCAAAGUUAUGCAAUCUAUGAUAUCACAAGUUAUCCUGGGUGUCAGGACAUUUAAUGUCGCAGGGAGAAACAGGAGGUUAGGAAUUGCACUUCUGCUGCUAUACCUCAUCACAGUUUCGGUGGAAUGGUUCACCAAUCUAUAUCACCGGAUCCCUGUCGUUGUUGAACUGCACCCAAUAAAUUCUGGCAAGAGAUUGUCUGCCUGGCUCUACUACCUCGUCGUGAUGUUGUAUGACCUCGUGAUGUUGACAAUUUCCACCGUACAUCUUCUGCGCUAUAAUCCUCUCAGCAGCAGAGUAGGUCGAUUGGUACGAGUCCUGAUAUAUGACGCGACGAACCUAUUGAACCUCAUUCUUUAUCAUACGACCGAUGCCGAGACUCAGUCGGCGGGGGCAUCACUGGGUUAUGCUGUAACAUGGAUUAUGAGCCAACAGAUCCUCGUACAUGUACGAGAGCCAGACCCUCGACGCCUCGAAAACGUGGUCAUCGCGCGUCCCAUCACACACAGCAGUGCGCGGAAGAACGCGAUGUCCGGUCUCCGCUCACAGUUCGAAUCGAAAGGCCACUCUAAAAACUCUAAAAGCCCCAUUGGUCCAGAGUUCCCGCCCACAUCAUCCCGCAAUGGGCAUCCCGAAGACGUGGAACUUGACGUACGUGUAUGCGUCGACCGCUCGGUGAAGGUGGACUAUGACUAUGACGAUUCGAAUUCGUGGGAUAAGCCGACGACCAAGUGA